CGCCGGAACUGCGCAGAUUGUAUCUUCAGCGUUACCUGAAUUACGAGAAAACAUGGAUGAAGACGAGUCGUCAUUCUCAUUCGCUGAAGACCCAUCACUUACAAUACCCAAGACGUUAUAUGAUGUAAGAGAGUUUGGUGAAUCGAGGCAUGCCGUAUCGCGUGCGAGACGACACGGUAGAACAAUGGUGCUCUCAAAUCUUGAUCAAUCCUUCAUACCAACAUUCGAUUCCGCAAUACAAACCAGCCUGGUAUUUAAAAGAGACAGAAUGAACCAAACAGACAAGAUACAAAUGGACGACACAGAGACAGAGACGGACAAAACGGAUACAAGAGACAGAAAUUUACAAACAGACCAUUAUAAUCAACAUAUGGACACUCAAACAAUGCCCGAUAUUAGUGUACGCGAGUCAUCCAUGGGAUUGCCAUUUACUAACGUAUACGUGCAGACUGAUGAAAAGAGAUCUUACGAUAACGACACCCAGACAAAUAUACUACAACAAACCAACACCCCAACACAGACAUUGGUAAAAGUUUACCAGGAAAAUGAAUUCCAAACUGAACCACUAGAAACAAUUGACCCUUCCCAAACUGAAAUGACAGGUUCAAACUUGGAGCCAGUAAUUGAGGAAGGAUUCCGAACUCUUUCUCAGAACAGUCAACAAGGAGGCGAUUCUGCACUUGCUUUGAUGGGCAUGUUCGAAAAAGAAUCAAAAAUUGAAAAUGCUGAACAGAUUGACAACGAAUACUUGGUUCUGGUAAAAAUAGCGUGGAAAAUUAUUUGGCAAAAUAUCGCACUGAGGAUAUGCGAGAGUCAUGCAGCCGGUAAAAAUAAAAUUACAGCAGCGUUUGCAAAUACUCUCAUCGUACUAUUAGCUAAUUACUUGCAAAGCGGCAACAUUGAAGAACAAUUUGGUAGGUUUUCAUCGCGUUGCGACGAAGUCAUCCAAACUGGAGAUCUAUUUCGAACUGCUAAGAAGGAUGUACAUGCUAUCACAGCAUACUACGCCGCUGCUAAACUACAUCAAUUUAAAAACAGCGGGGAUCAAUCGUUGCGUGGGAUUACUACCUGUGUUCGACAAAUAGUAAUUGUUGUUCAAUCCCUUGCAAAUCAGGAACAAAAUAUCGAGAUUAUCAAAGAUCACAUGAUACCGCUCAUGCAUGAAAUAAUGAAGUUACAUCAAUCAAUCCAAUGUUCGAGUCAUAAAGUAAAAGUGAUGGCAGAGGCUAAUUGUUGGUAUAAUAUCGGUAUCUGCUACUGCUAUGGCGGUGAAAAUGGCAAAUUUGCACAAAUUACCCAAACUGCAAUCGAACUCAUAAAAACUGAAUUUGGAGACGAAUCGCAAACUUAUAAAGUGUAUGCAUGCGGCAUGAAUAAUGCUGGGAUUGCUCAUUGGGGUAUGGGGAAUAAAAGGAAAGCUGUUGAAUUAUUCAAACUGGCAUUGGAAGCCUAUUUUAAGGUGCAGGACUGGGAUGACGAAGAAGAAAAAAAUCGUAUUAUCGAACUCACAAGGGCAUAUUUAGAAAGUAUCGAAUCAGACUCUAACUCGGAUUAAGUUGAUUAAAAUUCUGAUAUCAAAGCGUCACCUAAAAGCGAUCGACGAGGUUAAUAAAAUUGUAUGUGGUACCAUAUUUAAACAGACAUGUUCUUCUUAUUUUUGUGAGAAAAUAAACAUUUCUGAAUUUCAGAAACAAGUCGUAAAAUUGAAUUUUCCAAGCUCAAUUUAGGGAUAGAAUAGGAAAGAAGUGUAAUUAGGUAAAUUAAAACCGAUCCCGAGAAAUUCUUUGUAUCGGAUGACUGGCACCACCAACCGGUUUGUUUUUACUUUGUCAAUAUGAUAUUCGUAUCUUGCUAUUCUUUAUUUCUGUUUGAAAUAUGUGAUUUCGUAAAACGUAGUGAUUCAAAUAUUUUAUAAGACGCCUAUUUACGCGUUUUUUUCCGAACUAAGACCUGACAAGCGCCACUGGUAUCUAACGAGAAAAAGCUGCUAUUUUUGGAUGAAUUUUUUCUGUUUGACAUUGCUGGAGAUGAACAUUUGUUCUAAACUUGA